AUGGAAGCCGUCGAAGCACAAGCAGUGGUGGAACCAGAGGAAGAUGCCUCGCAUCAGGAGGAGCAAGAGGAAGAAGCGCAGAGGAGGCAGCCCCAACAUGCCAGCCACCGGAGCAUCUCUGCACUGGGCCCCACAGAUGAGGGUCGGAUGAACUUGUCUGCUGAAGAGCAUGAAUGGGCCCUGGCCAUCAAAGAAGCACUCAUGGCCAAUCCAGAAUUGGAAGACAAACCAUCGGACUUUAUGAUUGCCCAGCUAGCGAUUGUGCAUCACAAUGACAUUGAGACGGCCAUGGAAACUGCCUUUCGCAUUCAAGAGACACGGGAACAGUACAAAAUUCGGGACACCUACCAAGAUGCCUACGAAAAACUCACUCGCAGUCUCGAACUGCAUUAUGGCACUCACAUGUACUUUGGAUUCAACCACGAAGAGGCUCGCUAUGUCGCCGUCUUUGAUAUUGGGCGUUUCGAUUCUCGCGUCUCCAUGAAUCCGCGCAAUGCCGAGUAUUGCUUUGGAGGGGGUUGGUAUUGCUACCAUGCCAUGUCACCCGAUUUUGAAUCCGUCCGACGAGGAGCCAUUAUUUUGAUGGAAUGUCAAGGAUACGAUUGGUCGCAACGACAAGUUGAUUUGCAAUACGCGCAGCGACACUGGAGCGAUGUAGCCGGAGUCUAUCCGCUCAUGAUACACCGAUUCAAGUGUUUUCACACUCCGACUGUAUUCAAUAUUGUCAAGGCCGUGUGCAAGAGACUGAUACCGUCACAUAUCGAGCGCUCGGUGCAGUUGGGAUGCCAAUACAAUGGACGAUUGGAUGCACUCUACUUGGUUCCGUCGGUCGAAGCCGCCAGACAACGCGUGCUGGUCCGAAUGUUGGAAUGCCUCCAGCGACGGUUUGCAGCCGAACAGUCAUUUAGGUUGUAA